AUGUCGGAAGUUCUCAUCAGUUUCCCUUAUGCCGAGCUGUACAUUGUGAGGGGCAGUGAGGCUCCCAUCCUCCAGAGCGAGGGCGAGCUGGUAAUUAGCUCCAGUCCUGGCACAGGAGAUGCCGCCGAGCAGGGGCCACCCGCCAGCUGCAUCCAGCUUGCGGUGGGAAAGGUGUCAUGGGAGGUAAAGCCCUCCAGCAAGGCCCUGAAGGCGGGGGAGUACACCUGGGUGUUCAGCACCUCGGAGGCGGGGAUAUUCUACUCCCUCACCCUGCUGGCAUCUGCCAGCGAGGAGGACGUAGGUAUCUUCGAGGCCGUGCUGGAGAACAUUGCCGUCGUCAAGGAGUCGGAGGCCCUGCUGGCGGACCCGGAGGCCCAGCACGGUGAGGCUGCCCUGGCCGGGGCCGCAUAUAACAGCGCCCUCGCGCGCGGCGUGCACCGCGCCUCGGCCGGCCUGGCCUCGGGCCUGCUGGUCAGCGCAGCCUACGCCACCGGCGCCAUCAAGCGCGCGACCAAGCGCCGCUUCGAGCGCACCGCCGCCGCCGCCGAGUGGGCGUCGGGCGCUGCCGGUGCGGUGGUGGGCGGGCUGGCAUGGGUCGGCGCCAAGGUGGCGGGCGGCGCUCUGUGGGCGCUGGGCGCAGACAAGCCGCUGGCGCCGGGGGAGGAGGCGGGGGUGCUGCGCGAGACCUCGCAUGCCGCCGCCGCCGGCUUUUCCCAGGUGUGGGAGGGCAUGGAGGACGCGGGGCGCGCCGUGCUGCUCUCCGCCCGCGAUGGCGCCGCGGGCGUGGUGGGCGACCGCUACGGCGCCGACGCCGCGGGCCUGUCCUUGCACAGCAUGAACGCGGCGGGGAGCGGGGCCAACGCGGUGUACGCGGUACGCAAGCUGGGCGUGCGCACCGUGGCCAAGGCCGCCGCGAAGCAGGCGCCGCCUGGCGCCAAGCAGCAGCAGCUCGUGCCGCAGGGCAAGCAGGCGUGA